UUGAAUCAUUUGGAGAGAACGUUUGGAAGCACUUGUGAUGAAAAUGACCGAGGAAAACAACGCUGGUAAGACAAAUGUUACUGAAGAGGAUGUUCGACUGCUAAUAAAGAGAAAGGAUGACAUUGAAGAGCAAAUUAAAGCAUACCACGACAUGCUCCAAACCGCCGGUGUAGGCAUGGGCGCUCCUCUGGUGGAUGAGGAAGGCUUUCCUCGUGCAGAUGUGGAUUUGUACAAGGUCCGAACAGCAAGGCACAAUAUCUCCUGUUUACAGAAUGAUCACAAGGCUAUCAUGGUGGAGAUCGAGGAGGCCCUUCAUAAACUGCAUGCCUCAGCAAGGGUCAAACCUGAGAAAGAGGAGACAAAGAUGGAAGUCACUGAGCCGAGCGUGUCUCUUCCAGCUCCGUUUGCACUUCUGGACGCCGUCACACAGGACUCCCCUGCUUUUCAGGCCGGUCUGCGAGUUGGAGAUGAGAUUAUAGAGUUUGGGUCUGUAAACACACAAAACUUCAGGAAUCUGCGUGACGUCGCUUCUGUUGUCCAACACAGUGAAGGGAAAUCCCUUCGUGUUGGAAUAAUUCGAAGUGGACAAGAAGUACAUCUUAAUUUGACUCCAAAGCAAUGGUCUGGUAGAGGACUACUGGGGUGCAACUUGGUACCUCUCCACAGAUGACCGGUGAAAGGGGCGAGGAUCAUCUUUAUGCCAAACAAUAUGCCCCUUUUGCACUAAAUAAAUUUGCAGUGGGUUUACUUUAA